AUGCGUGCUCCCGCUAAGGAUAAAAGCCCUGGUCAGUAUAGUUUGCUGACUACAUUUCGUAAAUCCAUUCGCCCACAAUCAAGCUGGACUGAUAAGGACGAAUUUCUUGAUACUGUCUACUGGAUGCGUCAGGUUAUUGGACUCAUCACAGGCAUUUUGUGGGGAUUCCUACCUAUAAAAGGUGCCUUUGGUAUAUCUUCCUUCUUUUUCAUCAACUGUGUCUUCGUCUACCUAUACUCAGCCGUGUUUCAACGCGUGGAUGAAGAGGAAUACGCUCCCGAUCUUUCUAAAACCCUCCGGGGUGUUAUUGAGAAAGCUCUUCGAACUCUCAAUGUCGGCUCCUCUGCCAUCAUUGAAGUUGGAAUAGAUGAGCGCUCAUCUUGUCAGUUGACGGUCAGUCUAGACAGUUUCUCCGCUUCUCAACCCUUCUAUCCGACACCGGUGAAGGACGAAGAGGAGGAAAAAAAUCAACCCACCUUGUGUAAAAAGGCGGCCACUGGAGACAUGCUAGAGACCGCUAGUGGAGGUGGUAACAGCACUAACAUCGCCUGGCGCACCUCCACUCCUCGUCUCUGGUUUACGCAAGCUGCGGCACUCAGAGCACGCGGCUCUUCGCUUUUUAACUCGGCACCGCGUGGAGAUGCACAAAACAUUCCUUCCAUCACCGCGGCUUUUGCGUGCUACUCUCGAGCUCUGCAACUUGUAACUCUCAUCCGCGCCACACUCGACCUCUCCUCCAAAGCGGAGGAAGCGGAGAAGGAGAAAGGGGUGUGUGAACUUAUCUUUGGCACGGUGGAAGGGGACUACAUCGAUCUCGAUGGAGCUGCACAAUCAUCAGUAAACCCCGAACAGAUUGACUUGGACGUUGAGGCGAUCGGAAAAGUUCAUUUUAGUCUCCUCUCAAAUAUGGCAUUGUGUCAAUUGAAAGCCGGCUCCCCCUCCUUCGCGGCAAAACUGUGCACCCAGGCUCUGGAAAUGACCCCUCCAGAUGACAAGCUCUUGAUCGAAGUUCAAGAGGAGGAGGAGGAAGGUCGAAGAAUAGGCUUGCGAGAUGUCGAAAAGGUUCUCUACCGUCGUGCCUCGGCUUACCUCCUGAUGGAAGAGUUUGAAGCGGGCAUUGAGGAUGCAAACCGUCUUCUCCAACUCAACCCCACCAAUCAGGCAGGCGAGAAAGUCCUCUAUGAGUUGCAAGCCUCUCUUAGAGCACACAAUGCUUCGAUGGCGAAAAUGAUGAAAAGGGCAUUUCAGUAA